CUUUUUCACUUAAUCUCCGCUAUAGGACUAAUACACAUUCAAGCCAAUACACAUCUAUACUUCUAGCGGCCGAGGUUUUCGCUAUCAUAACCGGACUCUCCGAGCCUUCUCCAGACACUGGGUGUACUCCCACGGUCUACCGGCAUCUGCCGUUUUGUAGAACUAGUUGUGACAUGAGAGUGUAGGGACUUCAUAUUCACCACUUUCUACCGGGAUAAGGAGGGACUGGGUGUGACUCGGAGUGUUUAUCACGACCAAUGUAUUUACGAUCUCGAUUACGUAAAUGUUGUCUGAGUAAAUACAGGACAUUGUAUAAAGUGGACAUUGUAUAAAGUGGAUAUUGUAUAAAGUGGACCUUGUAUCAAGUGGACAUUGUAUCAAGUGGAUAUUGUAUAAAGUGGAUAUUGUAUCAAGUGGAUUGUAAUUGGACCUUGGUAAUUUAGUUAAAGGAUGUUAGGGCGUAUGGUGAGGAAUGGACAAGGUGAUGGAGUGGCCACGUGGUAGGUAACCUCAUGAGGAUGCCGCGCGUUACCUGGGAAGAUAUGCCACCUCCCGCGCACGUACCGGAUAAGACAGUCCGGAGGCGGGAACACCCUCCGCCCACGCGCGAGGCGGAGUACAAGGCCAUCAUUAGUAAGGUUAAUGACGUAUGUCUACAGAUACGUAAAUUCGCCAAGAAGUACCUAGACCGGAAGGCAGUGGACUAUGCCGAGUGUGAUAAGUGUCUUCUGGAACUCCUCCGCUCCUGGGAAAUGGAUGCAACAGAUUUUAAAACAUGGAAAGAAUUCUCAGACAAGUUAAAAUUCAGGGAAAUACGUCCAGAAAUGAGAGAAUCAGAAAGUUAUGAAAACCUGUUGUAUAUAUGUGAUAGAGCCAAAGCGUUUGAGACAACUAUACCUGGAAUACGAGAAAAGCUCGUGAAAUGCACACGUGAACACCUUCAGAAAUACUGCAAAAGUUUUAUAGAAGAAAUGGGAAGUCUAGAUAUCCGACCUGUGUUUGAUUACGACGAGGCAUUAAAGGGUUACAAGGCGGACAUCGAGGGGAAAAUUGACCAGAUCAACACGAAUAUUCUAACUUACGGGGAACUUAAAUCGCCAUUUGACAAGUUUGUCAGUGAAGGCAGCGUCCACGGCAGUCUGAUGGAGGAGGUGUGUGUGGCGGUGGUGGAAGUCUCUCACGCCGUGAAGAAAUGGGUGAGUGAGGACGCUGCCUACCCCGACAGACUCCUUCAGGAAAUCUUCUUCAACAACUCAUACAAGGAAAACCUAGAGGAGGACAUCCUCCGACUUAACGCAAAACAUAGAGACGCAGAGCGCAGUCUGGAGCGUAAACACAAGACAUUCUCCUACCUACACAGGCAGCACCUCAGUCAUAAAAAAGAGAAAACGAAACUGAAAUCAAGUCUGGAAACUGUGACCAAUAAGAUCGAGAAACUAGACCAACAGCAACGACAGAAACAAGAGGAGAUAGCCGGGCUGCACACGACACUAGGAGACAAAACGCCACGGUCUCACAGAGACAAGGAGGAACUCGGCCUCAAACUUGACCGCACAGAAGAGAACAUGGACAGAGUGCGCGAGUGGAAGUCGGUGAGCGAGCGACAACAUAUUCGGUUAGAGCGCGAGCUUAAGCAAGUUUCCGACCGCACGUACGAGUUGAAGGUUGAGGCCGUUACGGUUCGUCACGAGGAGGACGAGAUAAAAAACUCCCUACUGGGGAUAGAAAUCGAGGUCAAGUCAAUCAAGGACAGGAUUACUAGUAUUGAGGAGAAGAACGCCGUCUUGAAAAAAAUCCGAGUACUUAAACUCUCCCCCGACACCCUCCGGAUGAUCCACAAACGACGAAUACAACCGCGAGGCCGUGACACGGUCGAGGAAGACAGUCAGCAAUCGACGGUAGAGGGCAGUAAGGUCUCGAGUAACACCAAGGAAACCAACGAAGCUAGCGGUCAUGCUAGAGUGACCCCGGCCAAUACUGGUCAGGGCAGUACCGACGGUAAGGUUAACACCAGUAUGUGUACAGAGUGUUAACUACACCAGUGUGUGUCGAAAGUGUUUAUAACACCAGUGUGUGUCCAGAGUGUUUAUUAAACCAGUGUGUCGAGUGUUAAUUACACCAGUGUGUGUCGAGAGUGUUUAUUACACCAGUGUGUAUCGAGAGUGUUUAUUACACCAGUGUGUGUCGAGAGUGUUCCUAACACCAGUGUGUGUCGAGAGUGUUUAUUACACCAGUGUGUGUCGAGUGUUUAUUACACCAGUGUGUGUCGAGAGUGUUUAU